UCAUCAGGAUUUGAGAUGUCGACUCCAGCUCGGAAGAGGCUGAUGAGGGACUUCAGGAGGUUGCAGCAGGACCCACCUGCAGGCAUCAGUGGUGCCCCACAAGACAAUAAUAUUAUGCUGUGGAAUGCGGUUAUAUUCGGUCCAGAUGAUACACCUUGGGAUGGAGGUACAUUCAAACUGACACUCCAGUUCACAGAAGAUUAUCCAAACAAGCCACCUACUGUUCGGUUUGUUUCUCGGAUGUUCCAUCCUAAUAUUUAUGCAGAUGGAAGUAUUUGUCUGGACAUCUUACAGAAUCAGUGGAGCCCUAUAUAUGAUGCUGCUGCUAUACUUACAUCCAUCCAGUCAUUGUUGUGCGACCCAAAUCCGAAUUCUCCCGCAAACUCCGAAGCUGCUCGUUUGUUCAGUGAGAACAAAAAAGAGUAUAAUCGCCGGGUUAGAGAUAUUGUGGAGCAAAGCUGGACUGCAGACUAAUCCAUAGAUCGUGUGCCAAUUUAUGGACAAUGGGCACUUUGUGUUCAUCCUCUUAUCAAGUUGUUUGUUAGGCAAUCAUAUGUUGCAAAAAAGUUGCUUUUGUAUCAUGUAAAUCUGGAUCUUCAUGAAUUCUCUCUUGUUGGAAUUAUAGUGGACUUACUGUUGGGGAUAUGAUAUUACUGGAGCACCUGGAUUAAGUUUAUGGUGUGCAGACUUUUUCUUAAUGCCUGGAUUUAUCAUAUUAUGAGUCGAUGAUUGAGUUUAUCGAAAAUGCUGAAUGAUGAGAUUUUUUUUUUUUNU